CCCGAGCAGAGCGUUUAUGGAAUUCCCGAUUUUGCUUUUAAUUCGAAUGGUUGGGGUCCAUGUUCCAUUCCGGAGCAAUUUCAGGACUUGCCCCUUGAGUCUUUUAGUCGAGAUGAUAAGUUGGGAAUGAUUAUCGAUAUUAAUAUGCUUUCCGGUAUGCAGAGACUGCAAAGUAAUGUGGAACAGAACGAUGGCGACUUCGUCAAAGUGGACAAAAUGCACACGCCCGUGUCUCACAAGAGCAAAUUGCUGCACACAAAGACAAAGGCCAGCUACAAUGCGAACAACGCAAACCAGGCGGCGUCUGGAGGCAAGGGUCGCAGUUCGCAGAAGAAGGGCGCUUCGCAGUACCAGCGUCGUAACUAUGACUUCCUGCAUCUGCCCUCGAUCACGAUCAAAAGUACAUGGCCGAGCCUGUUCCAAGUGGAUUUCCGCGAUCUCGCGCAACUCACUCUCAAAACCCUCCCCGCCGUCUCCGAAUUUGCUUCGUGCGGUAGCUACAACACCUACAACCCGCUCUAUGACUCGGUCAACCUCAAGAAAACCGCGGCUCUGGAGGACCACGCAGCGAGCGGCGAUCUGAAGGUCACUUCCGUGAUGAAGGACCCGUUCAUCGCGCAGCUGGUGAACUCCAAGGCCGCGCAGAUCUACACCACCGACGUGGCGCUGUCCCAGCUGAUGGUGGCGAUCCGCUCGCAGCUGAGCUGGGAUCUGGAGGUGAUCAAGAACGAAAACGGCCUGUUCAUCUCGCACCGCGACGGCGUGUUCGACCAGUACUCGGUGAACGAGACGUCCGCGGAUCUGCCGACGGAGGAGGAGAACAAGAACAACUGCUUGUGGAAGGAGGUGACCGACAUCAACCGCGACUUCGCCAAGCAGAUCAUGACGUCCGAGGUGACGGCCUGCGAGUUCCCGUCGCCGUUCCCCGACGAUAACCCCGAGAAGAUCAACCGCAUGUAUCGGUACCGGAAGUUCACGCUGUCGGACGGGCAGGUGCUGCUGGUGCGCACGGAGGUCCACGGCGUGCAGACGAACCGCGAGAAGCCGCAGCUGCUGAACGCGUACGCGGUGAACGAGUGGUGUAAUCGGACGCCGCUGACGAAUCGCUGGCGAAGCAAGCUGGCGGCGAGCCCGGGCUACGCGCUGACGGAGGACAUGAAGAACAAUAACUAUCGGCUGUCGAAGUGGGGCGUGCAGGCGGUGCUGGCCGGCGUGGAUUUGGUGAAGAUCGGGUAUGUGAGUCGUCGGAAGAUGGACGAUAUGUAAGGGAGAGAGGGAGGGCGAUGAGCGGUAGAAACAGCGGACAUGUGAUUCUGGGCGUGCAGAACUUCUCGCUGGAGACGUUUAAGAAGCAAAUCAUGCUGAACGAGCAGAACAUGUGGGCCGUCGUGGAGUAUUUCGUGAAGCUGCUGAGCAAGGAGGAGAACGGACACUACAUUCUGAUGAAGGAUCCGCUGAAGGGAUUCAUUCGAGUGUAUCGCGUGCCGGAGAGCGAAGUGGAGGCGAUGGAGACGCAGACGCUGAGCAAGGAGGAAUCGGAGUCGGAAUCGGAAUCGGAAUCGGAGUAUUCGGAGUAUUCGGAGUAUUCGGAUUAUUCGGGCUAUUCGUAUUCGGAUGAAGAGUAGUAAUGAUGAUGAUGAUGAUGGGAGUGAUGAUUGGAUUUU